AUGUAUAGCGAUCUUUCUCUACGCCGUAAUGCUGAAGAUGUCGAGAUCUCCAAUGCACAUUCCGCAUGUCUAGAGAGACAGACGAAACCUAUUUAUAAAGGGCAGUAUAUUGACGAAUUUUUUCGUACUAAAGGGGAGACUGUUGCUCUUGCAGUAGUAAUUGUUGAAUCCCCUUAUAUAAGGGGAUUAAAAUUUGAAGUAGAUAUUGUCGAAGCGCUAAGGAGUCGCCCAGUUAUUGAUGAGUUGCUUGGGGUACUUACUAGAACCAAGCAACCAAAAGAGACUAUCGGCAUUGUAGUGGGCCUGACUAUGGGUAAUUUUACACCUGGUGCAAUAAAUACGGCGCUAGAAAUAGCAGAACCACCAGAGCCAUCGGAACCAUUGAAACAACUACCUACGUAUCCUAUCAUUGUGACCGAUAAGACCAGGUUACCUAAAUAUUUGAUCAAUGCG